ACAGUCUGCCUCCGCGUGUCAGCAUCUCCUCUGUCUCCUCGCGGGCAUCAUGUCGUCGAACGGCGCGGACGGGGACCUGCUGCGGAUCCCUCUGGGUCUCAUCAACAGCGAGGGCAAGUACCUGACGGCGGAGACCUUCGGCUUCAAGAUCAACGCGUCGGCGAGCAGCCUGAAGAAGAAGCAGACCUGGACCCUGGAGCAGACCGGGGAGGACGGCAGCGCCGUCUUCCUGCUGUCCCACCUGGGCCGCUACCUCGCCACGGACAAAGACGGCAACGUGACCGCGGACAGCGAGGCGCGCGGCACGGACUGCCGCUUCGUCAUCACGGCGCACGAGGACGGGCGGUGGUCGCUGCAGUCCGAGCCCCACGGCCGCUACCUGGGCGGCAGCGAGGACCGCAUCACCUGCUUCGCGCAGAGCGCCUCCCCGGCGGAGAGAUGGAGCGUGCACCUGGCCGUGCACCCGCAGGUCAACCUCUACAGCUUCGCGCGCAAACGCUUCGCCCACCUGAGCGCGCGCGGGGAGGUGUCCAUAGAGCGGGACGUGCCCUGGGGGGUCGACUCGCUCGUGACCCUGGUGUACCGGGACCAGCGGUACCACCUGGAGACGUCCGACAACCGCUUCCUGCGCAGUGACGGCGGCCUGUCCGCCCAGACGGACCGGGACACCGGCUACAUGCUGGAGUUCCGCUCCGGCAAGGUGGCGUUCCGCGACUCCAGCGGCCGCUACCUGGCCCCGGGGGGGCCCACCGGCACCAUGAAGUCCGGCAGGAGCGGCCGCGUGGGCAAGGACGAGCUGUUCGGCCUGGAGCGCAGCCACGCGCAGGUCGUGCUGACCGCGGGCAACGAGAGGAACGUCUCCACGAGGCAAGGCAUGGACCUGUCGGCCAAUCAGGACGAGGAAGGGGACCAGGAGGUCUUCCAGUUGGAGAUGAGCCGCGAGGACAGGAAGUGUGCCUUCAGGACGGCCGCCGGGAAAUACUGGACUCUGACGGCGACCGGAGGACUGCAGUGCACGGCCUCCUCCAAGUCGACCAACAGUUACUUUGAGCUGGAGUGGCGUGACGGCCGCGUGUGUGUUCGUGCCGCGAACGGCAAGUAUGUGAUCGCAAAGAAGAACGGUCAGCUGGCUGCGACCGUCGACAGCGCAGGUGAGGCCGAGCAGUUCCUGAUGAAGCUCAUCAACCGUCCCAUCAUCGUCCUGCGCGGGGAGCACGGCUUCAUCGGCGCUCGGAAAGCCGGCAUGCCCACCCUCGACUCCAACCGGGCGUCCUACGAUGUUUUCCAACUGGAGUUCCAUAACGGCGCCUACUCCAUCAAAGACUCUCAGGGGAAGUACUGGAUGGUCGGAGACGACACUGCGGUCGCCUGCAGCAGCUCCUCACCCGUCCCCUUCCUGCUGGAGUUCUGCGACCUCAACAAGGUGGCCAUCCGCGCUCCCGGGGGGAAGUACCUCAAGGGAGACCACGCCGGGGGGCUGAAGGCCAGCGCCGACUCCCUGGACAGCGCCACCCUCUGGGAGUACUGAGAAAGCACAGCUGGACUUCACUAUCUGGCACAAGGCUUCAAACUAUUGAUAAUUAUAGGUAGCUGUUUUUCAUUUCUGUGUGUGUUAAUUAUUGUUUU